AUGUCGUAUAUAAGCAUUUUUCUGCUUAUAUCUUUUUGUGUGACAGUUUUAACUCAACAGAACAUACCGGAAAAUCCAUGUCCCUUAUUAUUUCAAUACGUAACACAUUCGAACAACAUUAUUUCUGGAAAAAUUAACGUGCCAUACGAUGGAAAGACUAACAAGUUGUCGCUUAGCGUUAACGCUUCUAUUAUUGGAGUUUACAAUCGCGCGAAAUUAGAUAUACGAUUACUGACAUCCAAAGACCUCAUCUUGGGAAGUGACCGUCUGGAUUAUGAAGUGUAUUUUCCGUUUCAAAACAAUUUACCGAAAAUCACCCGUAUUGUGUUUAACGGCAACGAAUUUUGUUCCGGGCCGCCUUUUCCACUUCUACCUGGCAGAGGCGUAACAAGCGUGUGGGCGUUUUCUGACUACACUAUCAAGAAGUACACGACAAAUUUCCAGAUAAAUAGUAACGAUAACAAUAACAAUAACGAAGCUCCCAUAGUUAUUAGUAUAGGAAAUGUUAUACCCAUAGAAACGCCCACUGUGAUAGCAAAUAACCCAUUUUUUACCAACAGAGUGCCACCAACUGCAAGACCUAUUACUACUACUAUUACUACUACUAUUACUACUACUACUCCGACUUCUAUUACUACUACUACUACUGACACUAAAUGUGGGGUGGAAAACUCCUCAACCAAUUUGAUAGUAAACGGGGAAAAAACAACUGAAAAUCAAUUUCCAUGGGUGGUCGCGAUGAUGGUUACAUCGAGUAAAUCAGGGUAUCAGUACAAAUGCACGGCCAAUUUGAUCUCCGAUAGGCAUGUAGUGACAGCUGCGCAAUGCGUGCAGUUUUUCAGCGUACGAGUAGUGAAUACGGAAGAUAUUUUGUUAAUUUUGGGCAAAUCCGAUUUGACCCAUUGGGCUACCAGUGACGCUGAAAGAAGAACGGCCAAAAAGGUUACAGUCCAUCCGGAUUACAGGCAAUACUCGGGACAUGGCGAUUUAUGCGUCAUAGAGUUUUCACCACCUGUUAACUUCAAAAAAACCAUAAGACCCAUUUGUUUGUGGAACAAAUCUGAACCGUUGGAACCAUCGGUCCAUUCCCAUGGUAAAAUUUGCGGAUGGGGUCAAAGUUUAUCGCAUGGUGACCAAUCCAUAUCCUCCUAUCAUGCCAUUGAUAUUCCAAUUGUUUCUCAAGAAGAAUGCCUCAGAUCUACACCUGCCUUUCAAAAUUUAACAUCACAAAAGACUUUUUGUGCCGGAAACCGGAUCGGCUCCGGGCCCUGCAUCGGCGACAGCGGUGCCGGAUUCAUGCUGAAAAGUCGGGACGAUAAAUGGCAACUGCGCGGAUUGGUGUCGAUAGCGCUCAAAAAAAAUAACGCCUGCAAACUGGACGACUACAUCGUUUUCUGCGACGUUGCCAAAUACCUCGGAUGGAUUAAAAAUGUCAUGACGGAAAAAUAA